AUGUUGCUUUUGGCUUUGAAAAAUGAAGUCAAAUUUGACUCUUCACUCUCAACGAAGCUCGUGGGGUGGAACCAAAGUGUUGACUGCUGCGAUUGGGGUGGUGUGGCAUGUGACAAAGCUGGCCAUGUCAUCGGACUUGAUCUUAGUAACGAAAGCAUAUCUGGUGGGUUCAAUGGCUCCUCAAGUGUUUUUAGUCUUGGAUUUCUCAAAUCAUUCAACUUGGCGUAUAACAGCUUCAAUUCUGCUCAGCUGCCAUUGGGAUUUGGAAAGCUUACUCAGGUGAGCUAUCUGAAUUUAUCAAACGCAAAUUUCGUAGGUCAGAUUCCUGGAGAUUUUUCAUCAAUGAAGAGGUUGGUUACCCUUGAUCUGUCUUCAAGUCCUUAUUACACUCUCGUUCUCGAAAACCCAGAUCUCAAAAUGCUCAUUCAGAACCUUAAGGAAGUAAGAGAGCUCCAUCUUGACAAUAUGAAAAUCAGUACCCAUGGGUAUCAUUGGUCAGGGGUCAUAUCUUCUUCCCUACCCAAUUUGCAGGUUUUAAGCUUGAAAAGCUGUGGCCUUUCAGGUCCUCUUGACUCUUCACUUUCUAUGCUUAAAAACCUUUCGUUCAUUCUUCUAGACGAAAAUACCUUUUCAUCUGAUAUCCCCGAGUCCUUUGGUAGCCUCCAGAGUUUAAGAGUUUUGAGCCUUCGCGCAUGUAAUCUUAGUGGUUCACUGCCGAAAAAAAUCUUCCAGAUACCCACUCUAAAGACGAUCGAUCUUUCUAGCAAUGUAAUUCUCAAAGGUCCUCUCCCCGAAUUUCCAGAGAACGGGUCUCUUGAGAAUCUGCUUCUCAGUUACACAGAGGUUGGAGGGACACUACCAGAUUCUAUUGGUAAUCUUCCAUUGUUGUCCAGGAUAGAGCUUAGAGGUUGCAAAUUCACUGGGCCAAUUCCAGAUUCGAUGAAAGAUCUUACCCGUAUUGUCUAUUUGGAUCUAUCUUCUAAUCAUUUAACCGGUUCAAUCCCAUCGUUUCGGUUGUCUAAGAAUCUAGCCUAUUUAAAUUCCUACCUAAACAAUUUAACCGGUGGAAUUCCUUCUUUUCAAGGUCUGAACAGUCUCCAGUUUCUUGAUUUGAGUUAUAACUCCUUGAAUGGGGAUUUCCCAGAGUCUUUGUUAGCAUUGCCAUCGCUCGAGUACGUAUACCUUUCCAGCAACAGGUUAUCCGGUCAAUUUCGUAAAGAUAUUGAUGUUUCUUCUUAUGAACUACGUAAUCUGGAUCUGAGUAGCAACAAAUUUGUAGGACCAAUACCUGGAUUCAUCUUCAAACUUCCAGUCCUUUCAACCCUCACCCUUUCUGAAAAUAACUUCAAUGGCGUUGUAGACUUAGAGAUGUUUGGAAAGUUUAAGGAGCUAUACGCACUUGAUCUUUCCUAUAAUGAUCUUACAGUCAAGGUAAAUACUGGAAGCAAAUCAUCGUUUUCCUCUGAGCUCAACACAUUGAAGUUAGCUUCAUGUAAGAUGAAAGAGCUUCCAAAUUUGAAGAACCAAUCAAGGCUGAUGAUGAUAGAUCUUUCUGAUAAUGAACUUACGGGUGAAAUACCCAACUGGAUUUGGGAAGUUGGCAAUGGUUACCUUCGGUUUCUGAAUUUGUCGAGCAAUAAGUUUUCAAGUCUCCAAAAGCCUUACACGUUUCCUUUUCUACUCGAUGUUCUUGACCUGCAUUCUAAUGUUCUUGAAGGAGAUAUCCCGAUUCCUCCAAGACGAGUUUAUCAUCUGGAUUACUCCAACAACAACUUUGGAUCUUCGAUCCCAGUUAAUUUCGGGAAUGUCCUGACAUCGACCUUGUUCUUCUCUAUGUCCAACAGCAAACUGGUUGGAGUCAUUCCUCAAUCGAUACGCAAUGCCACUUCUCUCCGAGUUCUUGACUUAUCCCACAAUACACUUACAGGUCCGAUUCCAUCAAUUGGAAACUCGAAAGAUCUGCAAUCCUUGGACCUUUCAGUCAACAAGCUAAAUGGGAGCAUCCCUGUGGAGCUAGCAAGUCUUAGUUUACUUUCAUUCCUAAAUCUCUCUUAUAAUCAUCUUUCUGGAAAGAUCCCACAAGGCUCACGGUUUCAAACAUUUACAGAGUUGUCCUUUAAGGGAAACAAAGAGCUAUGUGGCCCCCCUUUGAAGAAGAGUUGUGAUAAAAAGAGAAUAUGA